AUGUCCAAGCUAGUCGCUCUAGAAAUCGCGUCGAAGCACGAGCAGGAUAUCAGGUUUCUAGUGCCUCAUGCCGGGCUAGUUGAUCCUGAUCAACUAGACGUUGAAUGUUUAGAUUUCACUUUGCAAGAAGGAAGGCUCUUACACAUGGCUGGCUCUAUCGAGACUCAGAAUUCAGUGACAGUUGGAUGCGCUGGUGCCAUUAUCACCCAUCUUCAAAGAAGGAGAGCCACAAUGUCGACAUCCGCUAACAGCACCUCAGAGUACUUUCCCAUUAAUUCUAUUGAUAUGCUAAGCUUGAGCGGGACUAUCUUGAAGCAUAUCAAAAAUCUCCGCUAUGUCAUGGUCAAUCUUCGGAAGGGAAUCAACACUGGGAGUGGGAAGAUCAGCGGCUUCAAAACGACAGUUUGGGCUACAUUUGCCUUCUAUGGUAUCGACAUUCACGACGCUCUCAAGGAGACCCCUGCCCUUCAAGCUUUUGAAGCAGCUCAAUUGUAUAAGGUCGACAUUGAUAACUCCGAGGACCAGGGUAGAACCGUGGUAAAACCAGGCCUAGAUAGGGAGCUUGACAAGAUGAAAGAUAAUUACGAUGGUCUUAGUAGUCUACUAAAACAGGUCGCUAUUGAAAUCGCAACUAUCAUUCCGGAGAGCCUCGACAUCGACGUAAACGUGAUAUAUUUCCCUCAGUUUGGCUUCAACAUUGCGAUACCGCUAAAUGAUAGAGGAGAAGCAGCAUACACCGGUUCUGGGGAGGACUGGGAGCUUAUAUUUGUCACAGAGAAUCGAGCAUAUUUUAAGGAUUUUAGGAUGCGAGAAAUGGACGAGAAGUUGGGCGACAUUUAUGGACUUAUAUGCGAGAAGGAAAUUGAGAUUGUUUAUGAUCUAGCGCAAAGAGUGCUUCAGUGCGAAAAGGAGCUUCUUGAAGCAUCUGAUAUUUGCGGCCAAAUCGAUAGUAUUCUUGCGAUGGCACAAGCAGCGAAUUUCUACAAAUUAGUGCGUCCAAAAAUGACAGAGGGGAACAUCCUUCGAAUAACGGGUGGCCGACAUAUCCUUCAAGAACUGACCGUUCCAUCGUAUGUUCCAAAUGACACUUUUCUAGUUGGUGGACGAUCAGAAGAAUCCAUCACAGAAUCUUCACACCAGGUGUCAGGACAUAUUUCAGAAGGGUUAGGAAAGAGUAGACCAAAUAUACUUCUACUAACUGGUCCGAAUUACUCUGGGAAAAGUGUUUACAUGAAACAAGUCGCAUUGAUCAUCUAUUUGGCUCAAAUUGGGAGUUUUAUCCCAGCAGAAAGUGCAGAGAUCGGUAUAACUGACAAGAUUCUUUUGAAAUCAAAUACUCAGAACAGUGUCUCUCAGAUCCAAAGCACAUUUAUGAACGAUCUACAGCAAAUAGCAUUUGAUUUAAAGCAAGUCUCAAGUCGUAGCUUGCUAAUAAUUGACGAAUUUGGCAAGGGAACCAACGAGAGUGAUGGUAUCGGGCUAGCAUGCGGAAUUCUCGAGUACUUAUUGAAACUCGAAGACGCACCGAAAAUAAUCGCUGCAACACAUUUCCAUGAGAUAUUCGAGAACGAAUUCAUCAAGCCCGAUCCUCGAUUACAACUCGCUCAUAUGGAAAUCCGAGUCUGCGAAGAGACCACAGAGUCAGAAGACCAAAUCACGUACCUCUACAAUUUCCGUCUAGGUCGAAGCAACAAAAGCUUCGGAACUGUUUGCGCCGCGAUUAACGGAAUCAGCAGAUCCAUCAUAGACAGAGCAAAUGAGCUUGCUUCUCUUGCGACGCGCGGUGAAAAUCUCAUUGCUGCUUGUGCUAUGUUGUCAGCUGGGGAAAUGAACACCUUGGAGGAAGCGGAUAAGUUGGCUAGAAGGUUUUUAACCCUUGAUCUGUCGGAAAGAAGCAGCUCAAAAGAUACAAGCAAUAUGCUUGAUAGACUCUUUGAAGAAGUGGAUGAGUAA